UGGAGCCCGCAGACGGCGCAUGUCAUGGCCGGAAAUGAAACCACCUACCAGCGCAACCAGGUACUGCAGACACUGCAGACAGAGUCGAUGUUUUUUUUGGCUCCUGAUUGUCCUAGACGUGUUGAUAGCAGCUCCAGCAGCUCCAGGUGGACCUGAGGCGCGCUGCCAAUCUUGUUGUGAUGCUGCAUCGCCUGGAGGUGCUGUGGAAGAGAUUGACAUUGAGCGGCAACUCUCACAACAGCCGCUGUACUACAGCAGCCAGCUUCAGCAAACCUUGAGGACUCACCAUGAAAGGCUCGACUACAUUGAGGCCGAGUACGAGUUUGGAGUUGUUGCUGACUUGGACCUGAAUUCUCGCGAUCCACAGGAAUUCAUUUGGCGUUCGUACCUCAAGAAAGGGCGAGCGGUCCGGCUGAGCAGCAGGCCACAGCGCGAUCGCUUCACAGUCGUUUGGGAUGAGGAGCUGGAGUUGCAGUCGUCUACAGCUACUCGCAACCGUUCGAUGGAGCUAUCUGAACUUGUGCUGUUUAGGAGGCUCCUCUUGGCCUUCUGUGACUACUCGGGAAUUGCUUAUAAGAUUGAUGCAUCUACCGGGAAAGUCUUCCAGAGGUGGGUGAUCGCAGAUGGCAACGGCAAUGAGCCCAAGCCGUUUAAGGCAGAGUGGGCCGUCAUCAAGGACGAUCACGUAUGGUUGGGCUCCAUUGGUUUCGAGUGGUACGGCAAGAGUGGUGAGAUCCUGCACCGUAAUGCCGAGUGGGUGAAGGUCAUUGACUUCAAUGGGAUGAUUCGGAACUUGGAUUGGCAUCCAGUCUACCAGGCCAUUCGCACGGUGACCAAUACUACUCUACCAGGCUACAUUUGGCACGAGGCGGUUGAAUGGGAACCAGCGAGGAGGCUGUGGAUUAUGCUUCCCAGAUUUGCGUCCAACACCUCAAAGUACACCCCUGGCCAUGAGCACCAGGACACCACGAAUAUGCUGAUCAUCGCAGACGAACGAUUCGUGAACAUUCAGGUGAAAUUUUUGGAACACCAUGAGAUGGGCUAUGGAUUUACAUCCAUCAAGAGGCUGCCAGGCAGUCGACACCUGUUUAUGGUCCUACGUGUAAAGGAGGAGGCCACAGAAACUCAUACCCAAGCAGCCAUCAUUGACCUGGACGGGAAGUUUUACACGGAUCCGCCCUACAUCCAGGUGGGUGCGCGCAAGUAUGAAGGUUUGGCCUUCCUUUGAGCGAGCCAAAGUUGCUGGCAUUUGUCAAUUCCAGAAAGGUUAUUUGAUGUAUUUUGAUGUUAUUUGCAUGGCUCCAGCUGACAUGUUUGACAAAAUUCAAAGGUUGAAUUUGCACGAGAGCGGAGUUAGAUCCAAGAGCUGUGGCAUCUUUGUGUUGUACACUGUACAUCGUCAGCAGAAUAUUUCCCUGCCCGUGAGUCAAAUUGUUGCGUCCCGAUCAGGGACCAGGACCGCAGAUGAUCCAGACCAGGGUGCUAGUGAUCCAGACCGUUCGGAAUGCAGACAGAAUUUUGACUCACAGCCGCCUCAUUGGCAGACAAAGGUGGUUUCCUUUGUCGCCAUGAGCUCGGAUCCUCCCUGGAGGUUCCACUAAUCAAACAAUUUUAUCACAUCUUUUCAAGAUAUGAGUAGAGCAGCUGCGUUUGUGCAUGGGCGGCAUGGCCGCAACGUGCACCCACGUGGCGAUUGCCGUCGCUCGUGAGAAGCAGUAGCUCCUCUGCCGGAGACGGCUCUCUAUGAGUUGUGACUCCAGGUGGAUCCAAAAGCGUCAAGAGAUGGGGCAACUCC